UGAAAUAAGAUAUGAUCAGUUCCACCUAUAAAGCUCCCAAUUACCAUUCGAAGCAAUACAAGCCUUAUACAGCUCAACAUUAGUUGAUAGCUAGAAUAUUCUUUUUUCUUUUUUGUGUGCAAAAUGGAAGGAUUUGUGCAAGUGAUAUCGAGGGAGAUGCUGAAACCCUCAUCUCAAACUCCUCCCCACCCCUCAAAAUUGAAGCUCUCUUACAUUGAUAGAAUGUUUAACGACUUAUACAUUCCCCUCAUCUUCUUCUACAAAGCUGAUGAAUCAAGAGGCUUAACCACCUCUAACCAUCUCCAAAUAUCGCAGAGAUUGAAACAGUCCAUCUCAAAUAUCCUACCUUCGUUUCACCCCUUAGCAGGCCGCCUCAAAAGCAGCCUCUCCGUGGACUGCAACGAUGCUGGCGCCGAGUUCAUCGAGGCACGAGCUCGCGCUCAUCUCAUGGAUUCUCUAUACAUGGAUGAUCAGUUGAAGCACUACUUUCCUUCCGAGUAUAACACAUUCAACCAUGGCAAACAAGCACGACCUCUCCUCGUCGUGCAGAUUACUUUCUUCGACUGCGGAGGUCUCGCCGUCGCUGUCGCUCUUUCACAUGUAGUUGCAGAUCUUUCGUCGGCAAUGGCGUUUCUGAAUGCUUGGGCCGCCGCUUUCCGAGGGGAAGUGGAGAUUUCUCACCGCAGCUUCGGCACAUCCGCUUACUUCCCUCCACUCAGACUCAUCCCCUUUUCAAGAUUCCAGAGACUUUUCGUCUCUAAUGAAAAUUUGAUGACGAAAAGAUUCGUGUUUAAUAAGGAAAAACUCGAUACUCUGCGGCAAGCUGCUACCACCCCAUCUGAAUCUGCUAUCAAAGAUCCGAGCCGCGUGGAGCUCGUCUCGGCUUUCAUUUGGAAGCAUUUCACAGAGGGCAAAUUGAAGAAAUCGAAGACGAAAAAGAUGUACGCUGCGCUUCAUGCAGUGAACGUGAGACCAAGAACGAAUCCUCCUAACCUUCUUGAGAAUGUUUUCGGCAACUGCUUCAUGUUGGCAAUGGCGUUCGCUUGCAUUAAAGAUCUCCGUCUCCACGGGCUUAUCGGGAAGCUAAGAAGCUCGAUACGAAAGGUUAGAGGCGAUUACAUCACCAAGGCACUGAACAAGGAGAGUUUCAUGAAGGAUCUGUUUAAGUUAGGGUUUCUGCUUGUGAUGGGAAGAUUAGAGUGGUGCUUCUUCACCAGCUGGCGCGGCUUUCCAACGUACGAUCUCGAUUAUGGGUGGGGAAAGCCCGUAUGGUUCACCACGUCAUCGGUGCCGUCCAAGAAUCUGAUUAUUUUUUUCAACGGCAAGAGCGGCGAUGACAUUGAAGCUAUAGUUACUAUGAAACCAGACGACCUGAAAAUUCUUGAUGCCCAGAUCAACCUCAUCUAGCUCCACUAAUUAAUAGUAUUAAAAGGAUGAAGAUUUGUAACCACAAUGUUUUGCAUAUUAAAUGUUGUUUAUUAUUUUUGUUAUUUAAUUAAAUUUUAUUUCAUUAAAAA